AUGAGUCAUCAACCGCGUAUUACCGGUGGCUUAAUCUUAUUAUAAUCGCGGUGGCUACCCUCGGAGCUGCGUUACAUUACAAGUCUCACUUGCAUAUUUCUAUUUCUAAAAGCACUUUAAUCACAAUUUACAAUCUCAUCAAUUCAUCAUGUAUGAGAUCGCCGUAACCCUAAAUCAGGUCAAUUAGAUCAUUUUAACCGAUAAAUCGAUAAUCACAAUUGUCGAAAUCGAAGAAUUGAAACGAAGAAGAUGAUGAAGAACAGAGCAAGUAGCAGCGGUGGGAGUGGAAAUGGAAAUAACAGAGGCGAAUCGGAGGUUUUCGAAGUCGGUCGACGUCGAAGCUCUUGCGGUUAUUGCAAAUCUUCAGUUCGUACUAGUAUCACUUAUGGGUUGUGGGCUAAUAGUUUGACAGUCGAUGACUAUCAAGAUCUUCUUGACAGAGGAUGGAGGAGAUCUGGCUGCUAUCUCUACAGACCUGAGAUGGAUAAGACCUGCUGCCCGCAAUAUACUAUUCGUUUAAAGGCUAGUGAUUUUGUUCCUUCCAAAGAACAACAAAGAGUGUCUAAACAAAUGCAAAGAUUCCUAGACGGCAACUUUGAGGUGAAAGAAUCACAGAAGAGCUUGGAUAACCCAUAUACUUCAAACAACUUGAGCAGCCUUGUCCAAAGCUCUACAAUAGCUUCGGCAGGACAAGAGUCCCUAAAGCCGAACACCGAGGAGAAAAACCAAGAUGUAGAACUUUUAAGUUUUUUGUCUGAUCAGAUUAAUUGUGCUGCACGUGCAUGUAUUGAACGUGGGGAGUUUCCUUUAGAUAUUUUGUUGCCAAAACCUUCUGUCAAAAAAGUUUCGCAAGGUAAAAAAAAACUACUUGCCGAAGGAUCAGAAGAUCUUUUAUACUCUAGCAACAUUUCUUUCCUGAUUAAAGCUGCUCUAGUGCGGAGGGAUAGAAGGCAUGACAUGAAAGGAUCUGGAGGUAGCAAGCAAGAGAAUGAAGAAUUGAUAAAUACAGAACUUACUUCACAAGCAAUUGCUGAAAAACUUGUAACUUAUUUGAAUAAUCUAGCUGAUACAUCUGGUUUAUCAGCUAGAGCUUGCAAUGGGCACAUUAAUUUCUAUGCUACGACAAAACAAGCUCGUUCAGAUGAAGUUGUGGACGUAGCUAUGGUCCGGAAAGAGUCCCGCGGCGAGAGUGUAGAUGAAGGAAGUUCUAUGAAGAAGGUUUCUGGGGGUACACUGGGUAAAAGAAAGAGGCUUGAGAUUAUAUUGAAAAGAUCUUGUUUUGAUCCUAAAGAAUAUGAAUUGUACAGGAAAUACCAGAUUAAUGUGCAUAAUGAUGCACCAGAUCAUGUCUCAGAAUCUUCUUACAUGAAAUUUUUGGUUGACAGUCCAUUAGUAUAUGUUCCAUCAAAUGGUGACGACACUGUUCCUCAAUGUGGCUUUGGUUCUUUUCAUCAGCAAUAUGUUAUUGAUGGCCGACUGGUUGCAGUAGGGGUGAUUGAUAUCCUGCCUAAAUGCUUAUCGAGCAAAUAUCUCUUUUGGGAUCCAGAAUAUGCUUCUUUAUCGUUGGGAAAGUACUCAGCUCUCCAAGAAAUUAGUUGCGUCAGGGAGAAUCAAGCCCAUUGUAGGAGUCUUCAGUAUUAUUACAUGGGAUACUAUAUCCAUUCCUGUAACAAGAUGAGAUAUAAAGCAGCUUACCGUCCAUCCGAGCUUCUCUGCCCCCUUCGUUACCUGUGGUUUCCUUUUGAGAUUGCAAAGCCAUGGCUUGAUAAAAAACGUUAUGUGAUCUUAUCUGAUCUACACAAUUUGCAAGCUGUAGAAUCAUCAACUCCCAAGUUGAGUUCAAGUCAAUUAGAGCCGCCGCAUGACAAUUCCUUCCAAGAAGAAAACAAUGAUGUUCCUUUUGAUGAGGAUGAAGAAAUGUCUGAAGUUGAUUCUGAAGAUUCAGAGGAUGAAUCUGACCCAGAGACUAAUGAUUUGGCGUUACCUGAAUUUGAAGAUCCAAAUGUUGGGGAUGUUUUAAUUGGGUUGAAAGGAUCACGCUUGAGAUACCAGGAUAUACACCACGCUUUGGCUCCUAAUCAGAGGAGUCACCUGGUAACGAAGUUGCGCAUGUACAAGGAGGCUGUUGGUGAAAAACUUUCAAAGCAAAUGGUUUUGUCACUAGGGUGACGUGAGACCGAGGAAAUGCGAACUGAUAUCGAGGGAACAUUUUUCUCUACAUUCUACAUUCAUUUUCUUGAUCUAGUGUUGGAAUUCUGAACUUGGGUGUAGUUCCAACAGAGUUCUGGAGUCUGCUUUGUAAACAAUGACAUGCCCAUCAAGGCAGCAAUGCUUGUGCAGUAGAAUCAUUAAAGAAAAUAUUUGACGCCCAAAUAGCAGAAUCAUGUAUGCUAACAGAAGUAUAAAUUAUAUAAUAGUACUGAUUUCGCUGUC